UAAGCACUCUUUCUUUUCUUUUCUUUAAAAAAAAUUAACUGAGCAGAUGUAGAAUUAUCCCUGUUUGUUCCACAUAUGAACAGAGAAGAAUUGGGAUUUUGGAUAAACCCUAACUGAAAUUCUCUUCUCCCAUCCAAAAAAUCUUCAACAAAUAGGCCCCCAUUAACUCUCAUUACAUCAAAUUCUCCAUCCACUCUCCAAAAUACACACCAUUUUCUCUCGAUGCUAUUUCGCAGGCUAUACACCUCCUUAACAAAUUCUAACCGCAACCCAUUUCUCCUCUAUCAAAAUCUCACAACCCCUUUUCCCAAUUUCCACUCUAACCCCUUUGUUCUCCCAACACCAACAAUCUUGAAAUCCCGCGUUUUUUUGUCCAAACGUUUUGUUUCAUCGUCAUUUCCUGCUAUGGCAGAAGGAAAAAGACCGACCCAUGUGCAUAUUCCACACCCUGAAAGUGCCGACAAAGCGGAACUGUAUAGAGCCUUAGAGGCUGCUGUUGGGUCUCCGUUUAGUUCGGAUGCAUUGGCACCUGAACCGCAUCCGCUGAUCAUUGUGGUUAGUGGACCUAGUGGGGUUGGUAAAGAUGCUGUGAUUAAUAGGCUUAGGGAAGUUAGGGAGAAUAUACAUUUUGUUGUUACUGCGACGACGAGGGGGAAGAGGGAGGGGGAGGUUGAUGGGAAAGAUUACUUUUUUGUGAGUAAAGAUGAGUUUUUGGGGAUGAUUGAGAGACAUGAGUUGUUGGAGUAUGCAUUGGUAUAUGGGGAUUAUAAGGGUAUACCGAAGGAGCAGAUUAGGGAGCAUAUGGCGAAAGGAUUGGAUAUAGUGUUGAGAGUUGAUAUACAAGGGGCAGCGACAUUGAGGAGGAUAUUGAGAAAUUCUGCUGUGUUUGUGUUUUUGGUUGCGGAGAGUGAGGAUGCGUUGGUUAAGAGGUUGAUUGAUAGGAAGACUGAGAGUAAAGAGAGUUUGCUUGUGAGAAUUGCUACGGCGAGGGAGGAAGUGAGGCAUAUGAAGGAGUUUGAUUAUGUUGUUGUGAAUAGAGAAGGGGAGUUGGAGAAUUCCGUGAAGUUGGUGGAGUCUAUUAUUGAUGCUGAGAAAGCUAAAGUGAGGCAAAGAACGGUAAAGAUUUAGCGAAUAUCUGGUUUCGAGUCUGUUUUUGAUUAAGUUGAGCUAACACUCUUAAUGUUUUCUUGUAUUCUAUUUAUGGAUUUAUGUAACUUUGUCCCGUCGUUGCAUUGCCAAGGAGACCAUUUCAAGCACAAAUAACAGAUUCUUGAUCAAAAUUGUUCUUGCUACUUUUGUUAAUGCUGUCUAGCCCUUGGUUGGUUGAAGUAGAUGAAAUGUUAUUUCUUGAGUUUGAUCCA